AUGCAAUACCAAGCGGCUGAUAUUCUCGAUAGGAAUGCCCAUCUAGGCCCUGAGCUGGCCUCGAUCAAGCAGACCCUUCAGAAUGUCCAACAACACACUCAUAGCACCCAGAAUGCGCCUCCUCUAGCCCAUACGAUCUCCUCCCACGGCUCCUCCAGUACCGCUCCGGCCACCCCGUCAGUGCUCAGCAAGGACCGCGAAGUGAUCGUCAAACUGCGAGAUGUUGGUGCCCAGAAGACCUACCGAAAGAAGUCAUCGGCAGAGAUAAAAGAUAAAGCAGAAAGUGCAAGGAAAAAGGCUGCUGCAGCGAUUCCUGCGCUCUCCCUGGCGAGAGCCCGAUUCGUUUCCGCCAGGCAGCUGCGCUCGGGGGAUCUAAGCCUGGCAUUACGCACUGCUACGGAGGCCGAAACUGCCAGGAUCUACGAUAAAUGGGCGAAUUGCAUGUCAAACGGGGCUACCCUGCGGCGCCCUACGUGGGGCGUGGUAGUCCAUGGCAUCCCGAUCAAGUCAAUCCAGGACCUGAGCGAUCAGGGCGAACAGGACCGAGUAGCCAGUGAGCUUCUUGACGAGAACAAGGAAGGUUGGAACCAGAAACCCGAUAUCAGGCGCGUAACCUGGCUUACCCAUCCUUCCAAUCACAAGAAUCAGAAAUUCUCUGCUCUCAUUGUCGAAUUCUCUGACCCGAGACAUGCAAACGAGGCAAUCAUGAAAGGGACUAUUUGGGCUAGCGAUAACCGGACGACUGUUCUAUAUGAUAGGAACGCGCGGAUUCGGCGAUACUUCAAAUGUCAUGGACAUAUAAAAAUCGUUUAUUCGAAUAAAAUAACCUGCGGCCUCUGUGCCGAGGGCCACGAGACCCGGUCCUGCGUACAGAGGUCUGCUACCGGUAGCCAGGGGCGCAAAUGCGCUGGAUGCGGCAAAACGCACGCCGCCUGGUCGAGAAUUUGUACGAGGUACGUAGCAGAGUAAGAGCGGGUGCAAAUUGCAGCUUAAUAUCGGCAGCCCCUGCACCGCAUCCCGCCCUAUCUACAGGAUCAUCCCUCCGUGGGUAGCGACACGGAGACCUCUUGCCCGCCCAACAGCGAGGGGCGGGCUGCGGGAUCUGGGGGAAGGAGAGAGAGAUUGACCCGGUCAACCAGCCGGCCAACAGAGCGAAAUCGUUCUACAGUAAUAUUUCAAGAAGGAUCUAUACCGCCACACAGCUCGCAGGAGCUUGUCUCUGUGCAGCAAGAAGAGGCCCUGAUAGACCUAAACCCGGAAAUGGACGUAGACCCU